AUGCAAUGCAUUUCAUUAAACUUUUUUUUUUAUGUGUCUGUUAAACAUAACACAAACACAGGUUUAUACGAAGGACCUCUCAAUGACCAACAUCACCAGGACAAUGAGAAACGUCUUGUUGUUGUCGCUGCUCCUGCUGAAGGUCCAGUAUGUCCAAUCCACAUCCAAAGGCGUCUCUGCCAGUCUAAAAGCCAAGUGGAGCAUGACACCUUUCCUCUUGGAGACAAGUGAGUUUAUUGCAGAGGAUGGAAAUGAGAAAUUCUGGCACUUUGUUGAUACUGUGAAGGAGUUAACUAUUUACAAAAAUGGAGAGUCUGUGCGCUCAUAUUAUAAUUUGGUCAUCAAGAAGGCAGGCCAGUUUUUGACUGAGCUUCAGGUCAAUCUUCUCAAAUUUGCCCUCUCCUUGAGGUCCUACUCACCAGCUGUCUAUGCAUCCCAAAAGAUUGCCAGUGACGAGCCUCCGCCUGAGGCUUGCCUUGCUUUUGUCUCGGUCCACGGCCAACAUGGCUGCAGCACAAAGGACUUAAAGAAGCUCUUAAAGGCAGCUGCAGCCAGGCCAAACCCAUAUCUGUACAAGAAUGAUCACAAAUAUCCAGGACUUAAUGGGACAGAUGUCCCAGUUGUGAUCCUUUACGCUGAGAUUGGCACUAAAAAGUUUGGCUCCUUCCACAAGGUGCUGGCUGAAAAGGCUGCUGCGGGCAAGCUCAUCUAUGUGCUGCGUCACUUUGUAGCUGAACCAAAGCCCCAGAAGAUGUUAUUGUCUGGAUAUGGUGUUGAACUGGCAAUAAAAAGCACUGAAUACAAAGCUGUGGAUGACACACAAGUAAAAGGUACAAUUAACACUGAAGAGGAUGAUAUUGAUGAAGUACAGGGCUUUCUUUUUGGGAAAUUGAAAAAAUCGCAUCCAAACUUGCAGAAGCAGUUUGGGGAGCUCCAGAAGUAUCUGUUGGAAAGCACCAACGACAUGGCCCCUCUCAAGGUGUGGGAGCUUCAAGAUCUAAGCUUCCAGGCAGCCGCCAGCAUCAUGUCUGUGCCAAGGUUUGAUGCUCUGAAGCUUAUGAGAGACCUCAGUCAGAACUUUCCCAGCAAAGCCAGAUCACUUACGAGAGUGGCAGUAAACCAAGAGUUGAGAAAAGAAAUUGAGGACAACCAAAAGGGGCUAAGUGAGACCAUGGGGAUCCACCCGGGAGAUGGAGGCCUGUUCAUUAACGGUCUGCACAUUGAUUUGGACGUCCACAACCCCUUUAGCAUCUUGGACACCAUCAGAGGUGAAGCCAAGAUCCUGGAGGGCCUCCAUAACCUGGGCAUUAAGGGAGACCAUCUAGGCAAGCUGCUGAGACUGCCCAUGAAUCCUGUGGAAGAAAACUAUGCUUUAGACAUCCGCCAUCCGGCUAUAACGUGGAUUAAUGACAUUGAGACAGACUCCAUGUAUCGCAGCUGGCCCUCAGGUGUCCAGGAGCUCCUGAGAGCCACGUUUCCUGGUGUGAUCCGCCAGAUUAGACGGAACUUAUUUAACUUGGUGCUGUUUCUUGACCCAGUUCAGGAAGAGAGUGUUGAGCUCGUAAAACUGGCGGAGCUCUUCUACAAACACAAGAUCCCUCUCAGGAUUGGAUUUGUGUUUGUCGUCAAUACUGACGACAAAGUCGAUGGAAAUACGGACGCUGGAGUUGCAUUUUUUCGGCUUCUGAAUUACAUUGCAGACGAGUAUGAUUUAUCACAUGCCCUCAUGUCUAUGGUGUCUUUGUACCACAAAGUGGAGAUUGGCGAGACAUUGUCUGUCAAUACAGUGUCUGCAUUUAUCAAGAAGAAUUUCCCCAAAGCCAGUGCUUCAAGGAUUCUAGGGGAGGAUUCUGAGUAUGAUGACAAAAGAAAGGCAGGUGCCCUGUUCUACAAGAAGAGUGGCUUGGGCUCCUUGCCUCUUGCUCUGUUCAAUGGAGUCCCUCUCAGUGCUGACGAGAUGGACCCAGAUGAACUGGAGACAGUUAUCCUACAGCGCAUCAUGGACACCACCAACUUCUUCCAGAGGGCUGUCUAUAUGGGCCAGUUGACUGAAGGGACAGAUGUUGUAGAGCAUCUUAUGGACCAGCCCAAUGUGGUGCCACGCAUCAAUCCUCUGGUUUUAAGCACCGACAGGACAUAUCUGGACCUUACAGCCUCUCCAGUUGCAGAUGAGUGGGAGGACACCACCAUGUUCUCAUACCUGGAUUACAAGGACAAGACCGCUGUCAUUGCAAAAAGAAUGAAGUAUUUCACAAAAAAUGACGAGGAUGGGAUUAAUGGAGUGACUGUGUGGAUCAUUGGGGAUUUUGAAAAGGCCUCAGGGAGAAGACUGCUGCUGAAUGCACUAAAACACAUGAGGGCCAGCAGCGGUGUGCGUGUGGGGGUGAUUGAUAACCCCAGCGGGCGGGUGGCCAGCGAGGACAACACAGUGAUCUACAGGGCGGUAUGGAGCACCCUGCUCACCCAGAAGAGCAGAGCCACGCUAGAGUUUGUACAGAAAAUCCUCAAAGAGGAAACCGUCCAUCUCCUCCAACAGGGAACCAAGAUGAAGGACCUACUGGCGCAGGGUAUGGACUCCGACGCCUUCGAGAAGAGGUUCAACACGAUGGAGGUGGAUUUCAUCCGCAGCCAACAGCUUUUCUGCAGAGAGGUCCUGAAGCUAAACGCUGGACAAGGAGUCGUGGUCAGCAACGGCAGGAUUCUGGGACCAUUUGAGGAUGAGGAGGAAUUCAGUGUCGAGGACUUCCAUUUGUUAGAGAAAAUUACACUGAGAUCCACAGCCGAGAAAAUCAAAGCUAGAAUCAAGCAGAUGGGGAGGAAGGGAAAGCAGGCCAGUGAUCUAGUCAUGAAAGUGGAUGCCCUCCUGGCCGCCGCCCCCAAAGGAGAAGGCAGGAGGGAUGUUCGCUUUGUUAAAGACAAACACAGUGUGCUCAACUUUGCACCUCGGGAAAAGGAGGUGUUCUAUGAUGUAGUGGCCAUCGUCGACCCACUGACCAGAGAUGCCCAAAAGAUGUCAUCGCUGUUGAUUGUGCUCACUCAAGUGGUCAAUGUGAAACUACAGGUGUUUAUGAACUGCCGGGCCAAGCUUUCCGAGAUGCCCCUCAAGAGCUUCUACCGCUUCGUGUUGGAGUCAGAUGUGUCUUUCCUAGCCAAUGAGACGGUGUCUGCCGGGCCAGUGGCUCGCUUCCUGGAGCUCCCAGAGUCACCUCUACUCACCCUCAACAUGAUCACCCCUGAGAGCUGGAUGGUGGAGGCUGUCAGGAGCCCCUAUGAUCUGGACAACAUCCACCUACAGGAGGUGAAAGGUGUAGUGAUGGCUGAGUAUGAGCUGGAGCACCUGCUGCUGGAGGGCCACUGCUUUGACCUGUCUACAGGUCAGCCCCCCCGAGGCCUGCAGUUCACCCUGGGCAUGAGCCAGGACCCUCUAAUGCAGGACACCAUCGUCAUGGCCAACCUGGGAUACUUCCAGUUGAAAGCCAAUCCUGGAGCAUGGAUCCUAAACCUACGGAAGGGAAGGUCAGAGGAUAUCUAUCAUAUUCAAUCGCAUGAUGGGACUGAUUCUCCAGCAGAUUCUGGUGAUGUUAAAGUCCUGUUGAACAGCUUCCACAGCAAGAUCAUCAAAGUCAGGGUCCAGAAAAAGGCUGACAAAAUGAACGAGGACCUCCUCACUGAAGCCACAGAGAACAAGGGGUUAUGGGAUUCAAUUGCUAGCAGGAGAGAUGGUGCCCUCGGAGCCAGACUGAGAUAUUACUCUGUAAGAUCUAAUGCCAAAAGAAUGUGCUUCUGUAGACCUCGUAUUUGGAGCACUUUUGAGAAAAGCCUCACAGGUGGCGGGUCCAGUUCGGAGGACGAGGACAAGAAGAGGGAGGACGUGCUCAACAUCUUCUCCGUGGCCUCGGGCCAUCUGUAUGAGCGUUUCCUGAGGAUAAUGAUGCUGUCUGUCCUCCAGCACACCAAAACCCCUGUCAAGUUUUGGUUCCUCAAGAAUUACCUCUCCCCCUCCUUCAAGGAGUCCAUACCCUACAUGGCAGAGACCUAUGGUUUCCAAUAUGAGCUGGUCCACUAUAAAUGGCCCCGCUGGCUCCACCAGCAGACGGAGAAACAGAGGAUAAUCUGGGGCUACAAGAUCCUCUUUCUGGAUGUCCUAUUUCCCCUGGCUGUGGACAAAAUCAUCUUUGUAGACGCUGACCAGAUAGUCAGGGCAGAUCUAAAGGAACUGAGGGAUUUGGAUCUAGAGGGCGCCCCCUAUGGGUAUACUCCCUUCUGUGACAGCAGGAAGGAGAUGGAGGGCUACCGCUUCUGGAAGACCGGUUAUUGGGCCUCACAUUUGGGAAACAGGAGAUACCAUAUCAGUGCUCUGUAUGUGGUGGAUCUGAAGAAGUUCAGGAAGAUAGCCGCCGGAGACAGACUGCGCGGCCAGUACCAAGCCCUGAGCCAGGACCCCAACAGCCUAUCGAACCUGGACCAGGAUCUGCCCAACAACAUGAUCCACCAGGUGGCCAUCAAAUCCCUGCCUCAGGAGUGGCUGUGGUGUGAGACAUGGUGCGACAAUGCCUCCAAGACCACCGCCAAGACCAUAGACCUGUGCAAUAACCCAAAGACCAAGGAGCCCAAACUGUCGGCGGCCGUGAGGAUCGUGCCUGAGUGGGUGGACUACGACAACGAGAUUAAGCAGUUACUGACGAACGUCCAGAAGCGGAAAGAGGAAGCAACACAGAUUCAGACCCAGGCGCAUUCACUGUCCUCUCCUGAGAAGACAGGCAACCAACGUGAUGAACUCUAGCACCUGCCCAAGAGGACAGAGGCAUAGCUAUUUGCACCUAAUUCUCAUGUGACGCUUGAAGACUAUAACUGCACAAAGAAUAUGUACAUUUUCCACAAUCUGACUUAGCCAAGAAGUAUUAAGCCACCCUUUGGAAAAGACAGAGGGGCAUACCAGAAAAUAUUAUUAGUUUUUUUACGAUUUUGUAUACGUUUUCUAUCCAGAGUACUAUCUUCGGAAAGAAACCGUGCGAUGUAUUCUUCCUGUGGUAUGAUAUGUAGUUCAUAGUACUUAGCAUCAUGGUGUUACGUAAGGAACGAAAAGGGUAAGAGUAGGUCAAGGUUUGUGUAACCCAUUUGCAAUCUGUAACAGAAAAGAAAAAGAAUUGCACUGAUACUGUAUGCAAAGAAUUGUUAAAAAAAAAGCUGACUUUAGGCUCUCUGUGCUCUGUGAAAGCUGGAAUCGUUAAUUGGUGAAACCACCACAUACAUUUAAGGUACAAUAACAAAGACGUUACUGCAAACAAGAAUGUUUUUUCUCCCUCUGACAUCAUGGAAUGAGCGAUAGAACAGCAGAAUAAGUGGGCUACUGCAAUUGUUUUUUCCAUGCUAUUCGAGGCUCUUAAUCUCUUUUUCACCAAUGAAAUCAAUAGCAAAGGCCCUAAGGUAAACAAUGGCUAUAAUGCUGGUUGGAUUUUUAGGAUCAGCUAACAUUUAUAUGUUAAUUUGAGAUCAUUCUUAGCAUUAUUGAGCACCACACCAGAGCAUCUAAAUUGCCCAAUAAUACAUUUGACUCAAAUGCCCCAAAGACAUUUAAAAUUGACACUAGGAGAACAUCUUACCAAAAUGUUUAGAGUUGAUUUAUUGCAUUACAUGCUGACAGUUGUAAGACAGAGCUCACCAAGCUCAUAUCUGUGCAUUGUGGACUGUAUAGGGGCUGUAGCCUACACUACACACAAUGUGGUCAGAGGCCUCAAUGUUCUGAGUCCUUGACCAAACAUUUCAAAUGUAUGCCAAGUGAUGGAGUACUGCAAAGGAUUUGUUACUAAAUAGGAAACCCCUUUGUCGUUAUCACUGAGAGUAAGAAAUAGGUUUGACAUUUGCAAACAAACAUCCCAAUAAGGUACAACGUAUUACUUACUUUAUCACUGUUUAUAUACCAUAGCCAAUCUUGUAUUUAUGUCGGCCAGUUUGUUUAAUUGUAGAAAUCGGAAGCAUAUCAGCAAUUUUCUCAGGAAUUAACUAGGUGAUGCAUUGUCGGAACACUAUAAUGGUUACUUUUCUUUUCAACUGACAGAAAGUAACAUGUACUAAAAGGCUCUGCUUUUCAACCCACUGUGUCAAAUGAAGGGUUUUUCCUUUUGUCUUUUGUCAUUUCAGUAAUUGCCAUUUUUCUUGUCACUGUCAUUUCAGGUGUGAAAGUCUUACUAAAGACAUCAUUAUAUAUUUAAAAUAACAUUGUUUCAGUGUGAUUGAUGAAGAUGUACGCUGGCAGAGGUAUAAAACAUCCGUAUUGAGUGAAUAUAAGUGAAUUUUAACAUUA